GAAGUUUUGAACAAGUUAAACGGUUUCAGCGGGGAGGAUUGCAGUUACCGUCCAAGAUCAUUCGGGUUGUAAAGAGUUUACACAUGAGCUGUAAAGGAAAGUGGGAACUCCUUCAUUUUAUCACAUUUAUUUUCAUGUCAGUAUGCGACUGAUUUAGCUUUUAAAAUUAGCAGAGCAACGAGCAUCGAAUCCUUUUUCAGAAACCCGGAUAUCAAAGGCCGUCAACAUGAACUCCGUACUAUCAUCUGUACAAUCCCUCAUGCAAAUGUUCGAUGGCAAAGCACAAGAAUUCAUCAAUGACAUUGAUAAUGUCCACAUGGUUUGGCUUGAGGAGAUCCAACAAGAAGCCAACCGCAUGUUCUCAAGAGAUUUUAAUGCUGAACCAGAAUUAAUGCCAAAAACACCAUCACAGAAAAAGAAUAGUCGCAGGAAGCGUGUGUCUUUGGGACGUCAGGAAGAAAAUCAAGCCAGGCGAAGAUUUUCAAAGGGGAAGCGCAGUAACCUUCGUGGCUCCUCUGUCAAAUCACUGAACUUCAUUGCUGAAGAAGGGGCCAUUCCCGAGGCUUCCACCUCUGAAGCCAACGCCACCACACAGCCUAAACGCACCACCCGUAAAAACAAACAAACAAAGUCUGAGGUGGCAGAGGAUGUGAGCCAGUCACCUCAUGGCAGCUGUAAAACUGAGGAGGUGGAGAACAAGAAGCCAGAGCUGGUAGAGGAUAAAGAGGUGGACAAAAAUAACGAGGUGGAUGCAGAAGUCAAGCCGGACUACAUAUGUAGCACUGCCCAGUCUCUACCCACAAUACCCUCACCUGAGGUUGUUGUCAGCAUCUCUACAGCAGAGCGUCUGUCUGCUGAGCUUGCUAAAAAGCCAGAACCUUCUCCUGGUCGUACAGCUGCUAAGAUUGCAAUAGCUGGUGCAGCUCAAAGCUCACGGCGGAGCUCUGUACGGUGCUCCCUCAAACUACGUCACUCGCUGGCUGGUCUGCGGCACAGUAUGACACAGGAGUCUCUUCGCCGCGCCUCACGCCGCUCCAUGCUUAAGAGGAAGGCGACUCGCAUGGGCAACUCCACAUGUAGCAGCAAUGUUGAUGGGGACUCUUGCAUGAACUCUGCAGAGGAAGAGGAUAGAGAGGCCCUGUUAGAAGCUGUAACUGCGGCACCUGAAGAAUCGGAGGAAACUCCAGAGACCCAGAUUAACCAGCAUGUACACCUGUCUAUUGGACGCAUUACUCGAUCUGUGGCUGCAAACUCUCCCAAACUGGCACCCCCAUCAUUGUAUACCUCUGAGCAAAAAAUGAGCACUCCCAACAAGAGAACAGUUGUCACUGAGAAGCAACUGACUUCCCAGUCAGGUCGGAGGUCACGCCACAGCACCAAACGCAAAGCACCAGAUACUGUAGAAAGUCCCACAAAGAGGUUCUCUCCUCCCAAGAAAUCUCAAAGUGCAAUCAGACCCAACAUGAGAUCUUUCCUUCACACUGUGCAGAAGAAUCAGAUGCUAAUGAUGACUCCAAAUUCCCUCGGUCGGACUGGUGUUAUCAAGUCCUUCAUUAAAUACACCACUCCUAUGAAGGUUGAUCCUAAGUUGAGCGUUGGUAUAGUGACAAAAGAGCGUCACAAACUGGAAGCACUUAAAAAGAAGCAGGAGCAAGAGGAGGAAAGAAUGAAGAAAAUGGAGGAGGAGAAGAAAAAGAAAAUGGAUGAACUUAAAAGGAAGAGGGAUGAGAGGCUAAGAAGAGUGUUUGAGGCCAAAGUAAAAGAGGAGCAAAGGGAGGAAGAAAAGAAAAAGAAGAUUGAGCAAAAAAUGGCUCAGAUUGAUGAGAAAAAUGAUAAGCGUCUGGCAGAGGAGAAGGCCAAGAAGAAGGUUGCCAUUAAACGUCAAGAUGAGCUGGAGCAGAAGAGGAAGUUGGAAGAAGAGGCUAAAAGGAAGAAGAUUCAGCAAGCAGAGGAAGAGAAGCGGCAGCAGGAGUUACAGGCCAAGAAGAAGGUAGAGGAGGAGGAACAGCGAGCUCGUAAGAUGGCUGAAGCUCGCCGAGAGCAGGAGAGGGAGAGAGAGCUGGAGAGAGAACGACUAGCUGCUGCUGAAAGGGAGCGAGUGGAAAAAGAAAAAGCUCUCGCUUUGCAACGGGAACUGGAGAGAGCAGCGAGAGAGAAAGAGAGGCGAGAACUGGAGGAGAAAAGAAAGGCGCUUGAGGAAAAAAGAAGAUUGGAGGAGCAGCAGAGAUUAGCUGCAGAAGAGAAAGCUGCGAAAGAGAGAGAAGCUGCUGCUAAAAAGGCUGCUGAUACACAGACCGCUGCUGGCCUGAAUGUGACUGUGGAUAUCGAGCGCUCUGUAAUGAGCACGCCUGUAAGAAAAGAUGGUGGCCUCAAUGUGACCGUGGAUAUUGAGCAAUCGCCACAAUCAUACUCUAUCACUCCAAAGGGCGGCAACAAACCUUUGAUUAUGUCUAAAAGUGCAGAAGAUUAUGGGAUGGACCAAAACAGUGACGACUCCACUGAUGAUGAGUCUGCCCCAAGGAAACCUAUUCCAUCCUGGGCAGAAGGUCACAAUCUGCAGCAGAUAAUUAUGAAGCAGUACUUCAACCCUCCUGAUUUAGACUCUUUCUUCGGAACAAUUGAACCACCAAAACUGGAAAACAUCUUUUACAAGAGCAAGCCUCGCUAUUUUAAACGCACCAGCUCUGCUGUGUGGCACUCACCUCCAAUUGGAAACAAGUAAUGUCCGUACACUGAUACCGCUAUAUACAUUGCUGUACAAAGUUUCAUUUUUGUUUUAAAGUCUGUUUCCAAUAAAGUAACACGUUUUUUCUCAAUGUUUUUUUUUUGUUUGUUUUUCCGAUAUUAAAUUUGUUUAAGGUUUUAGGCAUCAACGUUUUAGGAAUAUUGUUUCUAGUAUGUAAAAUAUCAUGAAUUUAAGUGAUACAUAAGUGAUGACAUUGAUGCUUCACGCUUGUAUUUGUACUUGAAAAUGGGUAUGUAUUAUAAUCCAGUGGGAUGUGAAUGUUUGAAAGUUUUUGCCCAAGUGAUCAGUAAAAACUUUCAUUUGUAUAAUA